AAGCCAAGCACGCCAACUACUAUUACGAUGAAACCCACCACGACUAUAAAACCAAGCACGACUGAAAAACCCACCACGACGAAAAAGCCCACUACGGCCAAGAAGCGCACCACGACAAAAAAAGCCAACCACAACGAUAAAACCCACUACAACUAAGACCACAACCACUACGAAAAAACCUACCACGACGAAAAAGCCUACCACGACGAAAGAGCCAACAACGACAAAAAAGCCAACCACGACGAAAAAGCCUACCACAACUGAAAAGCCUACCACAACUAAAAUGCCUACCACGACAAGAAAACCCACCACGACAAAGAAAUCGACCACGACGAAAAGGCCUACCACGACGAAAAAGCCGACAACAACGAAAAAACCCACCACUACCACGACACCCACCACGACAAAAAGAACCACCACGACCAAAAAACCUACGACGACAAGAAGAACUACUACGCGAAUGACCACAACAUCGACCACGCAACGCACGACUACUAGACGACCAUUUCGUGUCUUCUGGUUCUGCAAUCAUUUCAGCCGUUUCAACUGUUCCUGUAUGGCGUCAGUAGGACCACCACCAUCAAUGGCAUCCCUGAUCUGCACCAUGGCCAGCGACGGCCCAGUGCAAGUGCCAGCUGACGGUGUCUGCGACUUCAUCCUCUAUGACUCACUGAAAGCCCCUUUCGACAGACUGGGCCAAGCGGCAACGGGAACAUUCAAGGCAUUCCAAGACUUCGCGGUCAAGGGGAAUGUUACACAGUUUGGCGUCUCCAUAUCCCCUUUGUAAGUUGAGGUUGAUCCUAAAGCUAAUAUAAAUAUAGCAUCUGACAAAAUAAAAUUGUACAAGCAUACUAAAUAUUCCACGAAAUCAAUACUAAUAAACUGUUUAAUUCAAAGUCACCCUUUCAAAGUCAACCUUCAAAGUCAACCUGAAGUUAUGCAUACUGUCGAAGGUAAUGCUCCGUGACUCAUACUUGCAUUUCAUACAACCUCGAAGUGAGCACCAACUAUUGAGCGUAAUUUAAAUAUCGUGACCAGUUGUGAAAAACCAUCUUGCCUCUAUUAGCAAUUUAAUACGUCCUCAGUUGCACCUCAUUUAAUUGAAUUCACCAUCACCUUUACAACAUUAUAUCACUUACUUCAGAAAAAAGUCACUAUAGCGGAAACAAUAUCACGCUAAAUCAGCACGGCAGCGCUGAACACCUAACCUUAU